GUGAUGUGCACGCGCUCGGAGACGCGCAUCGGGAACUUCUUCAGUCUCUGCUGGACGAGCGCAGAAACUCCGCGAUAUUAAAGCUGGACAGUAAUCAUAACAAACCCUGAGAGAACUACAGUAUGGUCUUCUGAGCUGCCGUGUCCUCCAUUAUGGCUCUGGUCCAGUCUCUCCCCGUCUCCAUUGACCCUCGUCUCCAUCCGGCAGAGCUGGGAGCGAUGGGUGCCGUCAGCAGCAUGAUCCCGAACCACAUCACAUAUCCUGAACGUGCCGACAUUGAGGUCAGCACCAACUUCCGGAAAGGCACGCCGGGCUCCGGGCGGCUGCUGUAUGACACCCCGCAGGCCGGCAGCCGAACUCCCGCCAGCAGGAGGAGGGCCAUCGUGGGCAGAGCGAAAGGCUUCGGGACGCGCUCAUAUUCUCAUGAAGACUUAAUCAGAGACUGGAACGAUAAUCAUUUGAAUGUGGGAAUGACCUCUGCUGUGGACGGACCUCCCAAACUGGUCCCUGUGUCCGGACAGCUGGAGAGAAACAUCCAGCAGGCCAUAAUCCGACCGACUGCCUUCAAGCCUGUGAUCCCCAAGAGCCGAAACACGGCGCAGUUUCUGUCUCCGCGGCUCGGCUCCGGUCUAUCAGGAAGCCAAGGAAACCUCAGCAGGUUUUCACCAGACGCCGAGGACGUUUCUAACGCGACAUUAGAGCGGCGCAGCUCAUACAGCGGAGCCCGAAAUGCUUUAUUCAGCCAGUCGUUCACCAUGACGGAGACUUCGCGCGGAUCCCUGACCAACCUGCCGGCGUACACACAGCAGCAGCACAGCGAGAUCUGCAAACCGCACGGGAACUGCAGUUCCGACAGCGGCCGUUCGUCCUCCAGCAAGAGCACUGGAUCUCUGGGCGGCCGCGGGCACAUGCUGUCCGACAGGGGCUCUGCGGGACCCUCGCCACCGCCCAUCGAGGCCUACGAGGCCAUAGUGAGAGAUCUGGAGGAGAAGCUCAGGGAGCGAGAGCUGGAGCUGCAGCAGCUACGUGAAAACCUGGAUGAGAAUGAAGCCGCUAUCUGUCAGGUGUACGAGGAGCGUCAGAAGCGCACAGAGCUGGAGAUCGAGGAGUUCAGACAGAUGUGCGCCGCUAAGAUGCAGAAGGCGUCUCAGAAAGCGCAGCGAGAACAGCAGAUGCUUCAGAUGCAGGUGUUUCAGAUGCAGCAGGAGAAGAAGAAGCAUCAGGAGGAGAUGACGCAGAUCCUGAAGGAGCGGCAGAGGCUGGAGGAGCGAUGUUCAUCCUUUGAGAGAGAACACACACAGCUCGGGCCCAGACUGGAGGAGACCAAAUGGGAGGUGUGCCAGAAGUCAGGCGAGAUCUCCCUCCUGAAGCAGCAGCUGAAGGACCUGCAGGCGGAUCUGGCCCAGCGUGUGAGUGAGCUGGUGACGGUGCGCGGCCAGCUGCGGGAGGUGCGCUCGGAGCUCCAGACCUGCCAGAAUCAACUGCAGGAGGCGAAUACGACCUCUCGCACCCGAAUCCUUGAGCUGGAGGUCUGCCAGAACGAACUGCAGCGGCGCAAGAGCGAAAACGAGCUCCUUCGAGAGAAAAUAAGCCAUCUGGAGGAGGAUUCGACUCAGAUGCGAGAUGCUCUAAAUGCUGCUGCGUCUGGAAAAGAGCAACGUUUGGCUGAAGAAACUGAAGAGCUGAAGACCUCCAGGCAGCAGGCGGACAGAAUAAAAGCUGAAUUGGCGUACGAACGGCAGAGAUUUUCUGAGCAGGCGGUUGCAUUCGAGAGCGAGAGGAAGAGCUGGGAGGAGGAGAAGGAUAAAGUGAUUCGCUACCAGAAACAGUUGCAGCAGAACUACGUUCAGAUGUACAAGAGGAACCGUGAACUGGAGCGAUCGCUCCGGGAGCUCAGUCUGGAGCUGGAGUCCCGAGAACAGGACGACGACAGCAGCGGGAAUGAAGUCACGUUUGAUGACAUCGCGGCCACAGAGAUCUGAGUGUGUUUUGAGAAACGGGUUUUGGGAAAUUUCUCACCUUCAUAACUAAGGAAUCAUCUACUCAUUUCAGAAAUGUGUUGUUAAAGGGACAGUACACCCAAAAAAUUCAAUUUCUUUAUUUACUAUGAAUCAAGUGGUUGUAAACUUUGAUUACUUUCUUUUUUCUGUUGAACACAAAACAAAGGUUGCAUGCCAAGACACACUAUGCACAUAUACACUUAUACCAGGGGUCACCAACCCUCUUCCUGGAGAGUUACCUCCCUGCAGAAUUCAGCUCCAACCCUAAUCAAACACACCUGAACCAAUUAUUAAGGAUCUGAAGAAGCACUUGAUAGUUAUAGACAGGUGUGUUUGGUCAUGGUUGCAACUGAAAUCUGCAGGAAGGUAGAUCUCCAGGAAAAGGGUUGGUGACUUAUACACUAUACCAGGGGUGGGCAAAGUCGGUCCUGAAGGGCCGGUGUCCUGCACAGUUUAGCUCCAACUCUGAUCAAACACACCUGCUUAUAGAUAAUUAGUGAUCUUGAAGACACUGAUUAGCAUGUUCAGGUGUGUUUGAUUAGAGUUGAAGCUAAACUAUGCAGGACACCGGCCCUUCAGGACUGAGCUUGCCCAGUCUAUACACUGAUACACUCCAUGUAGCAUGUGAGUUUAGUGUCGUCCCAAAUGGAGCAAUAACAUUUUUACUAAAUGGAAAUUCAAAGCAUUUCCCAGUCGAGUGUGAAAGAAAAGACCAAACUACCAAGUACAGUGGUCCCUCGGUAUUCGCGCUCGGGAGUUACGUUCUAAAAUAACCCACAAUAGGUGAAUUCUGCGAAGUAGUCAACAUCCGCCGCGCACAUGGCAGUUGGAGGUAUCGCACACCAGACGCGCACAUUUGCAUGUUAUUUAACAUGAAUCUAUUCCGAUGGCAUUACCUCACAACAAGAAGGUCGCUGGUUUGAGCCUCGGCUGGGUUAGAUUAAUUAAUAAAUUAGGGUUAUUAAUAAAAUAACAAUAUGGGUGGCAUAGUGGUGCAGUGGGUAGCAUAUGUCGCCUCACAGCAAGAAGUUCACUGGUUCAAGCCUCGGCUGGGUCAGUUGGCAUUUCUGUGUGGAGCUAGCAUGUUCUCGCCAUGUUUGUGUGGGUUUCCUCUGGGUGCUCCGGUUUCCCCCACAGUCCAAACACAUGAGGUACAGGUGAAUUGGGUGAGCUAAAUUGUCCGUAGUGUAUGUGUGUGUGUGAAUGAAUGAGAGUGUAUGGGUGUUUCCCAGUGAUGGGUUGCAGCCGGAAGGGCAUUCACUGCGUGAAACAUAUGCUGGAUAAGUUGGCGGUUCAUUCUGCUGUGGCGACCCCAGAUUGAUAACGGGACUAAACCAAAAAGAAAAUGAAUGAAUGAAUGAAUGAAUAUUCAGAUGGCGCUCUGUUGCGCGGGAGAUAUAUGAACAGUGUCCUGAGUCAUAGCUGGGCGCUGCGGACAGCAGCUGACUUGUGGCGCCGGUGUCGUACCCUGAUAGAAACCUACGUGUACAAUUAAAUGUACAAUUCUAAAAUGAGUGUCGCGGCGCAUCUGGUGUGCGACUCCUUUUACUAUUGACUAUUGCCUUUUUGCAUCCUAGUUGAAACCCACACUGCUAGCAAUCGAAGAUUUAUGUUAAUUUGGCAAGCUGAACGCAUCCUGUACUGCACAUGAGACAUGGAGGAAAUUGAUUGACAAUGGUCUGCAGCCAAUCAGGACGCAGACUAUGACAAUGUGCUGUAAAAAAAAAAAAAAAGCAUUUUAAAUUGCAUGAAACAAAUCCGCGAAGCUGCAAGACCGCGAAAAGUGAACUGCGUUAUAGCGAGGGACUCCUGUAGUACCUGUCAUCAUUUACGUAGGAGAAUUUUGCCUGCACAAUCUAAUUCAUUCUCAGUGCCUGAUAACUCCUCCCCUUCACCAGUAACUCCUCCCCUUCAUCUGUAGCUCUUAGCCUUCACCAGUAACCCCUCCACUUCGCAAGUAGCUCCUCCCCUCAACCUUCACACAUGGUCUCUCCUCUUCACAAGUAGCCCCUCCCCUUACUCAAUAGCUCCUCCCCUUCCACUACAUGAGGACAGCUGUGAGCGUUGAGUGCAUGAAGUGUUCAGCACUCAACACUUGUGUUUACUGCCUAAAUAAGUGCAUCAUCUGGCUAUUUAAAAUGCAUUUAUUUUCAGUGUGAAUGCACAUCUUACACUAUUUAUAGUAUAAAAUGAGGUAGAAUACUGCACAGAUAUUCAGAAGAAUGUUGGAAAAAAAGCAGUCAUUGAUAUAUAGUAGGAACUAGUUAUGCACAAUAGUUUUGGGAUAUAAUAUUUUGGAUUAAAAUGUAGUUAACAUAUUGGCUUGUGUGUUUAUUUACAUUAUAAUUUAAGAUAUUGGGUUAAAUUGAAAAAAGAAAAUAGUUUAUAUUAUUUAAUGCAAUUAUAAAUAAGUAUUACUAAGCAUUUUUGGUACAAUUGCGUACAUAAUGUUUGGUGUUGGGCCACAGUUGUCACUUCAGUGCAUCCCUAGUAGGAACAAUAAAUACUAUGGAAGUCAAUGGCGGCAUUCUUCAGUAUAUCUUAAACUGAGUUCAACAGAAGAAAGAAACUCAAACAGGUUUGGAGCAAGAUGAGUAAAUGAAGACAGAAUUUUAAUUUCUGGUGUACUGUCCCUUUAAUACAGCCAACAGCAGGCGGACAGUAAAGUUAUAUUGUGAGUGUCACAUGAUUUGUGUCACCCAGUUAUUGGUGCAACUCCAUUUAGUCAUGAAUUAUUUUGCUCGCAAUGUUUGUGAUCUCACAGAAGUGCACUUUGGUGUCUUUAGUCGUGAAAUAAUCUAAAAUUAUACAUAAAACAUUUUGAAUAUAAAUGCAAGGGAACAACAACCAAUAAAGCAAUAUUCUGUAAAUGUUUUCAUUACUGUUUAUUGCAAAUCUUUUAUUAAAUAUGUGACCCUGGACUACAAAUUUAGCUUACAUAUGCAAUUAUUUGUAUGCCAAAUAAGUAAUAUAGCAUACGUUUCUACAAAAAAAAUAAUAAAGUUUUCCAUUUGAUGUAUGGUUUAUUAUAAUAGGGAAAUAUUUGCCUGAGAUGCAACUAUUAGAAUAUCUGACAUAAAAAUCUAUCAGUAGCCUAGUGGUAUUGCGCACUGACAUAUAGCACCGACGUGCUCACGGCAACCCGAGUUCGAUUCCCGGCUUGAGAUCCUUUGCCAAUCCUGCACCUCUCUCUGCCCCCAAUGCUUUCCUGUCUGAAUUCUCUACUGCCCUGUCAUAAUAAAGGUGAAAAACCCC